AAGUGUUUGCGGAGAUCAGGCACUGCUGUUUGGAUGCUCUGCUCUCUUGGUGGCCAUCAUGUCUUUGACCUCUGCUUACCAGCACAAAUUAGCAGAGAAGCUCACUAUCCUGAAUGAUCGAGGUCAGGGGGUUCUCAUCCGAAUGUAUAACAUCAAGAAGACUUGUUCAGACCCCAAGUCCAAGCCACCUUUCUUACUGGAAAAGUCCAUAGAAUCAUCUCUCAAGUAUAUCAACAAGAAAUUUCCCAGUAUAGAUGUCCGAAACAGCACGCAACAUUUAGGACCAGUACAUAGGGAAAAAGCUGAGAUAAUUAGAUUCCUCACCAACUACUACCAGUCAUUUGUGGAUGUCAUGGAAUUUCGGGAUCAUGUAUAUGAACUUCUCAAUACCAUUGAUGCCUGCCAGUGCCAUUUUGAUAUCAAUCUCAACUUUGACUUCACUCGGAAUUAUCUGGACUUGAUUGUAACAUACACCUCAGUUAUUUUACUUCUGUCACGGAUUGAGGACCGACGGAUACUCAUUGGCAUGUACAAUUGUGCCCAUGAGAUGCUGCAUGGCCAUAGUGACCCAAGUUUUGCCCGUCUGGGUCAGAUGGUUUUGGAAUAUGACCACCCUCUGAAGAAGCUGACAGAGGAGUUUGGGCCUCACACAAAGGCUGUGAGUGGAGCCCUCCUCUCUUUGCACUUCCUCUUUGUCCGAAGGAACCAGGGGGCCGAGCAGUGGCGCAGUGCCCAGCUUCUGAGUCUCACCAGCACCCCGCCAACCAUGAUUAACCCUGCUAGUUCAGACACAAUGGCCUGUGAGUACCUGUCUGUGGAAGUGAUGGAGCGUUGGAUUAUCAUUGGGUUUCUUCUUUGUCAUGGGUGCCUCAACUCCAACAGCCAGUGCCAGAAGCUGUGGAAGCUGUGUCUGCAGGGCUCCCUGUACAUCACUCUCAUUCGGGAGGAUGUGCUACAGGUGCACAAGGUCACUGAGGACCUGUUUAGCAGUCUGAAAGGGUAUGGCAAGCGAGUCGCAGACAUAAAGGAAAGCAAGGAACAUAUGAUUGCAAACAGUGGUCAGUUUCACUGUCAACGGCGCCAGUUUCUGCGGAUGGCAGUGAAGGAGUUGGAGACCGUGUUAACUGAUGAGCCAGGACUACUAGGUCCCAAGGCCCUUUUUGCUUUCAUGGCCCUGUCCUUCAUUCGUGAUGAGGUCACCUGGCUGGUUCGCCACACAGAAAACGUCACCAAGACAAAGACACCUGAGGAUUAUGCUGACUCGAGCAUUGCGGAACUGCUUUUCUUGUUGGAGGAGGUUAGGGCUCUGGUGCGAAGACACAUCAAAGUGAUACAACAAUACCACCUUCAAUACCUGGCCAGAUUUGAUGCUCUUGUGCUCAGUGACAUCAUUCAAAACCUGUCUGUGUGUCCUGAAGAGGAGUCCAUCAUAAUGUCCUCAUUUGUCAGUACUCUCUCCUCUCUGAAUCUCAAGCAAGUUGAUAAUGGAGAGAAAUUUGAAUUCUCUGGAUUGAGGCUGGACUGGUUCCGUCUCCAGGCAUAUACCAGUGUGGCUAAGGCUCCCCUGCACCUGCACGAGAACCCUGACUUAGCCAAGGUGAUGAACCUCAUUGUCUUUCACUCCCGAAUGUUGGACUCAGUAGAGAAUAUGCUGGUGGAAACUUCUGACUUGUCUACUUUCUGCUUUCAUCUCCGUGCCUUUGAGAAGAUGUUCGCCAUGACCCUGGAGGAACCUACCAUGUUGCGUCACGCUAUUGCCUUCCCCCUGAUUUGUGCUCAUUUUGUCCACUGCACUCAUGAAAUGUGCCCAGAGGAGUACCCCCACCUGAAGAACCAUGGCCUUCAUCACUGCAAUUCCUUCCUGGAAGAGCUGGCCAAACAGACCAGCAACUGUGUCCUGGAGAUCUGUGCUGAACAGCGAAACCUGAGUGAGCAGCUUCUACCUAAGCACUGUGCCACUACCAUCAGCAAAGCAAAGAAUAAGAAAACCAUGAAGCAGAGGCAGACUCCCCGAAAAGGAGAGCCUGAGAGGGACAAGCCAGGAGCUGAGAGUCACCGGAAGAACCGCAGCAUUGUCACCAACAUGGACAAGCUACACCUAAUCUUGACAGAAUUGGCCCUGACAAUGAAUCAUGUAUACAGCUUCUCUGUGUUUGAACACAUUAUCUUCCCUUCUGAGUAUCUCAGCAGCCAUCUGGAGACCAGACUCAACAGAGCCAUUGUUUGGCUGGCGGGCUACAAUGCCACAACCCAGGAGAUCGCAAGGCCUUCUGAGCUUUUGGCAGGAGUUAAAGCGUACAUCAGCUUCAUCCAGUCGCUGGGCCAGUGUUUGGGUGUGGAUGUUUCCCGAGUCAUUCGUAAUGCCCUCCUGCAGCAGACACAGCCCCUGGACUCGUGUGGGGAACAGACUAUCACCACUCUCUACACAAAUUGGUACCUAGAAAGUCUGCUUAGACAGGCAAGCAGUGGGACCAUCGUCCUUUCCCCAGCCAUGCAGGCCUUCAUCAGCCUCCCCAGAGACGGGGAGCAGAACUUCAGCGCAGAGGAGUUCUCUGACAUCUCUGAGAUGCGGGCCUUGGCUGAACUCUUGGGCCCCUAUGGCAUGAAGUUCCUGAGUGAAAAUCUGAUGUGGCAUGUGACCUCUCAGAUCAUGGAGCUGAAGAAACUGGUGGUGGAAAACAUGGAUGUACUUGUUCAGAUCAGAUCCAACUUCAGCAAGGUGGACUUGAUGGCUUCUCUGCUGCCCCAGCUGAUGGGAGCUGACAAUGUCCUGAAGCGCAUGACCAUCAUUGGAGUUAUCCUCAGUUUUAGGGCCAUGGCCCAAGAAGGACUUCGGGAGGUUUUCUCCUCCCACUGCCCAUUUCUCAUGGGUCCCAUUGAGUGCCUCAAGGAGUUUGUCACACCAGACACAGACAUCAAGGUGACCCUGAGUGUCUUUGAGCUGGCAUCUGCUGCAGGAGUGGGCUGUGACAUUGACCCAGCCCUGGUGGCUGCCAUUGCCAAUCUGAAAGCUGAUACUUCAUCUCCUGAGGAAGAAUAUAAGGUCGCCUGCCUGCUCUUGAUCUUUCUUGCUGUUUCCCUCCCACUCCUUGCCACUGACCCUUCUUCAUUCUAUAGCAUUGAGAAGGAUGGUUACAACAAUAACAUUCACUGCUUGACCAAGGCCAUCAUCCAGGUGUCUGCUGCCCUCUUUACACUCUACAACAAGAACAUAGAAACUCAUCUCAAGGAAUUUUUGGUGGUGGCCUCUGUCAGCCUUUUGCAGCUGGGCCAGGAGACUGACAAGCUUAAAACCAGAAAUCGGGAAUCCAUUUCUCUGCUCAUGCGCUUGGUGGUGGAGGAGUCCUCCUUCCUGACUCUGGACAUGUUGGAGUCCUGUUUCCCUUAUGUCCUGCUUCGAAAUGCCUAUCGGGAGGUGUCCCGGGCCUUCCACCUGAACCGAGUGUCAAGCAGUACCCACUAAAAGGCCCUUUGGACUUCGCUAAACCUCAUGCUAUACUGGACCUGUGGCCAUUGUCUCAGUGCGUGGGGAUGGGGCGGGAUCAGGAGCCAGAGCCGGCAUUAAGAGCCAGUCAGGCAUAUGGAGGAACAGUCCAGGGUUGGGAAAUCAUAGAGAAGUGGGGCAGGCUGGGGGGAUGGAGGACAGUUUUUGGGAAAAGUUUAUGGGGUUGGGGUUACAUGUGUGAAUUUUUACAAUGAAGAAAACGAGUGCCAUACAAAUGUGCUUCCUAUCUUCUGGUAACUAGAGCUAGAGCUCUGACUGGCAUGGGUCUCUCGACCUUCAUCACUAUUCUAGAAUAAUGCUGGAGGGCAGAGAUGAUCAAUCAUCAUAUUAAACCAUAAUGAGCUUAUAAUCCUCCCACUGGAGCUGCUACUGUCUCCUGCACAUUCAUUAGGACGAUUAUCUCCUCUCUUCCUUUUCCAAAUGUGUUCAGCAAACAUUCAGCCUGCUCUUAUUGCAAAGUGGUGGCAAAGGAACCCCAUUUUUCCUUUGUGGGGGCUCUUUUAGGGGGUUUGGGUUUCUUACUCUGCCUCUAGCUCUACUGCCUAUAGGGGCAUGAGGAAAUGCUCUUAGAGAUUUUCACUGCCCCAGACCCCCUUCACCUGCUCUACCAUGCCUUGUGGGUAGUAAGUUCUGUUUAACUUUAACCCCUUCUGCUGUUGCUUUCACAUCACUACAGCCCAGAGCACAGAGGGUCAGUCUAGAUAACUGUAGGUCACACAACCACUAACUGGAACGAAGUCCUGUGGGUUUCCUCCCAAGACCAUUUGGGGUAUUCUCCCUCUUAUCUGGAGGGACUAAUUGAACCCCAAUCCCCUGUCUUCCUGGGUACAGAUGUUGCUCCAGGCAGGGAUUUCUCUCCUAGAUCUUACAUUUCAUUGACCUCAUUAGGUUAUAGGGCCCUGAGAGUGGGUAUACUUGAGGGAGUACAAGCUGUUUCAACUAAGCCCUUUUCUGCACUAAUUAGAAUUUCAAGUAUCAUAAAGCCUGGGGCAUUCAAAGUGCACUAAACUAGGUUUAGGUAACUCCAUGGCAGGAAACGGUGGUUCCCAUCCAUCACUUCUGUGUAUCCAUUGCCAGGAAGGACUGGAGCACAGGUCUGGAAUGGUUGGAGUGGUCAAAUACAAGUAACUAACUGAUUGAUUAGGGUCAUGUUCCUACGUCCACAAUAAGUGGGAAGUAAUUUUGGCUUUCAGCAAAACCAUCUUGCCUUUAUGAAAGCUGUUUGAUAGCUGCUUUUGGAUUUUGUAUGUGUGUUUGAUCUUUAUUUCUUGAGACCCAGGCUUAGUUGAUAACUUUUUUUUUAACUUGGCACCAAUAAUCAGUCCACAAGUUUUUCUUAGCAACAAUUGUCUGCUCUUCAGGGUAGAAGCAACAGAGAAUUCCUUCUUCAUGCAGCCUCUAGUUGUCCUUCCUUGCUAAGGAAAAGACAUUACCUCUAAGGAGUGAUUCAGGGUUGGGCCCACUGAGACUAUGGGCAAAGCUGAUGAGGAAGAGAAGGCUCAGAAGUACCUGAACAACUCUUACACCCUUGUAUCUCUCUCUGUUGGGGCCUUCUUCUUGAAGAGAUGGAGACACCUUUUCCAUGUACAUAUAGAACCGCCUGAGAGGACCCUCCCAGAGGACAGCAAAACAAGUUACUGCAGAGGAAUAGAGGGUAGACAUAAUACCUUUUUAAUUGAAAAAUUUGAGACAGUUAUUCCACAUACACUUGUAAGAAAUAAUAUACAGAGAUCCUGUGUAUCUACCUGUUACCCUCAGUGCUAACAUCCUGCAAAACUAGUACACUAUCAGAACCAGGAUAGUGACAUUGAUACAUUCCAUGGGGCCUAUUCAGAUUUUCCCAGGUUUACUUAUACUUGUUUCUCUGUGUGUAUGUGUUUAGUUCUGUACCAUGUGUAGGUGCGUGCAUCCGCUGCCACAGUCAAGAACAGAUCCCUUACCACCAGGAUCCUUCAUGUUGCCCUUGUAUAACCACACCCACUUUCCUUCUGCAACUCCCUGCCUUUUCCCUAACCCUUGGCAACAUAAAUCUUUUCUUUUCUAAAA